AUGACGGCGUCGGGCGACGAGCGCUCGGGCGCGUCCGACACGCCGCGCACGUGCCGCCCGUCUUCAGCACUGCACGAAGACGUGAGUAGCCCCACGCUCGCGCUUCUCGCCGCGCCCGACGCGCCUUUUUCGCCGCCCAGUGACGCGGCAAACGUAACGGCUUUGCGCCUCGAGCGCUGCGCGUCGGAGCUCCUCGAGUGGCUCGCGCGCGCGCCAGUGGCCACGUCGCUGCCGGACGAAGCGCUCUUCUUCUUCGAGACGCAGCACCCCGAGAUCCUGACGGACCUCCCGCUGCUCUUUGCGUGGCUCUCGCUCUUCGUGGCGCAGCACGAGCGCUCAAGCGGCGACAGACGCGCAGUGGGGGCGAAUCCUACAGUUGUAGAGCAAUACGCGGCCUGCAAGAGCACCUUGACGCCCCUGUUCGACAAGCACGAGAGCGAGCGACUGCAGGGGACAGAGCUGCGCGCUGAGGACGCAGCGACGAGCGGUCGACGACCACAGCCGAUGGGGGCGCAGGCCGAGACGGAGCUGCUGCAGUGGGUCCUCGCGCGCCGGCACGUGGCGCUCACGCGACAGGACAUUCUGAACCACGUGAUGGAGGCGUACCCGGUGUUUGCGGCCUCGAAGAGCGCCGCUGCGCUGAAAGUCUGGACGGCGCGAUUUGUCAAGAAGCACAUUGGACCGCACGUGGAGCCAGUGGCUGAAUCAGCAGCUACGGAAGCUGUCGGGACGUUGUCGGACGGGAGGACAGAGACAGCUGCUGGCAAUCGAAAAGCUGCUGCUGAUGGCGAUGUCGCUGCUGCUGCUGCUGCUGCCAAGGCAGCAAUCGUUGAUGCGAUGGACGCGGACUAUGUUGGCGCAUCGGAUGUGGGUGAGGCGGAGCUCUGUUUGCUUGUGCCACAAGCGCCUUUUGGGCCCGAGACACUGGAAACAAGGGAAGAGGCGGGCCUCGAGUCUGCAGCGACCACUGGACGACGACAUACUGGUAAACGGCGGUCGUGUGCACGACGCUACAUGCUGUUUUCGAACGAGUUUAAGCUGCAUGCCGUGCACAUGGUGGAACAAGGCAAGAGCGUGGCUGAAGUUUCGAAAGAACUGGGCCUCAAGAGCAGUAAUUGCUUGAAUUACUGGAGAAGUAUUCGCGACAAACUUGUUACGGCCGAGCGAAAGCGAUUUCGAUUAGCUGGAGGUGGACGGCGCAGUAGCUGCACGUUUGAGGACGAACUGCUCACGUGGGUUAGUCAGCGUCAUCAGCGAGGUCAAGGCACUGAUGCUAAGGCUGUCCUGGAGUACAUAAAGCAGUACCACUCGACUUUCACCGAAGGCAAAAAGGAGCCGACGCUGCGCAAGUGGAUCUUGCGUUUUUUCAAGCGCUGUUGGCGAGCUCCGUGUCCAUCGAUGGACUCGCAGGAUGCAGAGAAAGCGUACAUAUUUGUCUAA